AUGGCGGCGGCGCCUGCGGGGCCGGCGCAGCUGGUGCGGUGCGGGCAGAAGGACGAGCUGUACCGGAGCGGGCUGCGGAGCGGGGCCGGCGCCGCGCUGCACGGGCUGGCGGGUGCCAAGAAGUGGCUGGAAUGGAGGAAAGAGAUUGAACUGCUUUCUGACGUAGCCUACUUCGUCCUUACCACUUUGUCAGGUUAUCAGACUCUGGGUGAAGAGUAUGUUAACAUUGUUCAAGUUGACUCAACCAAAAAAAGGGUACCUUCUUUUCUUCGCCGGGCGAUCUUCGUUUCUCUUCAUACUGUAGUACCCUAUUGCUUAGAAAAGGGAUUACUGCAUCUGGAACACGAGUUACAGAUAGAAGCUGAUGAGUCCAGAACCUUGCAGAGCAACCCAGCACUUGGCUUAUCCAGUAGGACCUUAAUACGAAAUUGGAUACAGAAACAAGUUGGGGAGCUUACAGAACAGCAGAAGAAAACAGUCUUACAAAUUGUGUAUGUUCUUAAACAAUGCAUACCUUUGCUUCGUCGACUACAUCUGGCAGUAUUCUACAUAAGUGGCACUUUUUAUCACCUGUCUAAAAGAAUCACAGGAAUCACGUAUGUAAGUGGAUGGAUUUCUUGUUUGAAGAUGGUGUCCACUGCAGUAUUUUGGCCUCUUGGGCUGCACUUUGGAGGACUGCAAGGAGAAGAUCAGAGUAUUCGAUCAAGUUACAAGUUUCUUGGAAUAAUAUCACUCUUCCAUCUUCUUCUAACAAUUGGUGUUCAGAUGUACAGCUUCAAACAGAAGCAGAGAGCAAGGCAGGAAUGGAAACUACACCGCAACCUAGCUCAUCAGAAAAAUAUGACCAAGGAAAAAACUACUGGGCGCCACUCCCGCUGCACUUUGUGUUUGGAAGAACGGAGACAUACAACAGCCACACCUUGUGGCCACCUGUUCUGCUGGGAAUGCAUCACGGAGUGGUGUAACACCAGAACAGAAUGUCCACUGUGCAGAGAGAAGUUUCAUCCUCAGAAACUGAUCUACCUACGUCACUAUCAACUGUAAAGGAAAAAUCUAUUGUGUUUCAUGACAAGGGCCUCAGCUCUCGUACCCUUUAUAAAAUUGUCAUGCAGCUUGAGUUAGUCCAAGAAAAAGACUUUAUUAUAAAACUGGUAACUGCCUGUGCAAGGUGGCACUUCAUUCCUGUUUUACAGAAUAAAUCUAUUUCUGCCUCUACCCUUCUGUUUCUUCUAACAUGGUUCUUGACCAUAUUAAAAAUAUGUCUUUCUAAAAAGUGCUUAACACAAAUGUAAUAGUUUUCUUCACUUCGGACAAUGAAAAAUUUAAAUCAGAUUCUCAUACUCUAAAUAUAAGUGUAGAUAACAAGUCUUCCAACCUUUCAUAGCAUGCUUAAGGUAUUAGUAAAAAUCUACAAUUUGUAAGACUCCCUUUCUCCUGUAAUAUAAUAAUGAGUCCAUGCUAUAGCAGGGGAAAAGGACAAAAGCUGUACACAAAUCCUUAGUUUAACUGCAGUGGAAGUUCUGAUGAUAAAUGUAUGUCAUGUACCAUUCUGUUUUCAUAACAAGGUUAACAAUAAAGCAGGUUUCCUUGAUUUGACAAACUGUGAAUUUCCCAUAGAUCAACAGAAGCAACAAAUGCAAACCCUUAGUAAUGCAGACUACUUUGCACACUGAUCACAACAUUCAGCUUCCAAACUCAAAGCUCUUCCAUCACUAUUAGAUAUCAAGACUUUUCAUCAAGUAUUCUAGACAUUUAGACUAAAGCAACGUAACAAGUGUUGUUUCAAAAAAGGCCUAGUAUGUAUACUGAGAGAAACUAAGCUCAAGUAUAAAACAUUAGUCUUAUAACACAGCUUAAAUUUUGUCUGUGUGGUGUCUUCUACAGUCUAACAUGGAUAGGGAAGAAGCUGACUUCAGCCACAAGACCCCCUCCGUUCUUUAUGGCAAGAAGGGCUAUUUCAGCUAAGCCAAUAUUUUAGCGUAUAAAGGAGGAGGGAUUCAGCAGCAUCACCUCGUCAAGGUUUAUUCCCGUAAGUUAUUAUUAGUUCAGUUAUAUAAGUAUUCAGAGCAGCAAGGAAAAUGAAGAUUGCUAGUUGUUAACAUAUCUUGCCAUUCUUGCAUGAUAGAAAAUGUACAAGAUGAAUUUAUUUUUAUUCUUUAAAUACAGAUGGGGAGAAAAAGCCAGAUGAUCCACUCUGUGGAUCAUGAGUUACAGUUUCAAGAAAUCUUUCACAAAUGGCACUGAAUAUGGACUUGCGGUGGCUGGGCGAGAUGUGCUACAAUAAGAGCACUUCUUUUAAGACGGUUAUUUGUACUGCAGAGAUCCUGGUUACCUAGUUAACAAAUCUCCAAGUGUUAUCAUAAAAACCCCAAUAAAAUUAGUUUAACUUUUCAUCAUAUCUAUAAAUGGAAUAAAAAAUAGUUGCUGGUAACUAUGCGAACACUUCAUCAUUACUGUACCAAAGUGAUUUUCAGAGCUGCAAAAUCAUCCCUUUCUUACACCAGAAAACUUUCAGGCAUCCCUCACCUAUUUAAAACUGUCAAGGCAACAGUGGAAGAAAAAUGGUCCAUAUCAUGAAUCAAAACAUGACUACCUAAGGAAAUCACUGCCUGAUCUCCUUACUAAGCAAAUAGUAAAGAAAAACAUUUAGUUGCACAUAAAAACAAAUAGGAAGCAAUCGAUGACUGGGAAGUAUCUGUGAAGUUGUCAAGCCAAGUUUUUCAUGCAUUCUGUAAGGAUAAUUUAUUUUUAGCACUUGUAAGUGAUAAAAACAGAGCAAAGUUUAACAAAAUGCCAUCAAACUUGUCUGGCCGUUGCAUGCUGAGAGUCAGCUAGGGAACUAUACCGUUGUCCCAACAUCAUCUACAAUCCAUAUCUGAAAACUGUUAAUCCCACUGAACGUAGAGCAUCUAUGCCUACCUAAGAAUGAGAAGGCAUUAAUCUCAAACUGCCACUAAAGUUCGAAAUUAAGUGGAGGUAAAAAUGUCUAAUUUGCGAUUGAUGUCGUUAACACUGUUGUUUAGUAGGAGUCAUCCCAGUUGCUAAUUUUAAUAUUAAUAAACAUAAUAAACAUAUUUUUCUCCCUGAUUUGCCCAUAUUAUUCAGAAACUUCAGCAAACCUGAAGACAGCUUCUCCAAGUCAGGGCUUUCAGGUUUUUAGGCAACAAACUGCAA